CCAAGCUCCCGGCCAAUUGCGAGAAACAGCAUUCUCCUCUUCGUAGUGGUCUCCAUCCUUCCUUGCGUUAGGUAUUGAACAGGAAAUGAAUCUUUGAUAUCUAUGACCCCUUAGAAUCUAUCCUCCGAUUGCAUGUACCCCGCUUACCUUUAACCCAACAUGAGCUCAUCCAACGCCCCUCCCGCUGGUGGUGACCGACGGGACGAUUCGCACCAGAGUGACUCUGGGGGUGUAUGGCACCCCGCGAGAGAAUGGCUUGAACAAGGGGAAGAAGUAGAGGAAGAAGAUGAUGAUAUGGACUUUGAGCCAGAAUCUGAAAUAUCCGAAGACAGAGCUGAUUUGGAUGACCAAGUGGACGACGACGAGGAGGACCCCGAGGGACCUUCCAUAUUUCAAGACCCUGAAUUGCAACUUCGCAACAUACAUAUCGAAUUUUCGAUGGAUGAACCCGACGACGACGACGCUGGGGUGGAUUCCGCGGCAAGGCAUACAAGAGUUUCUGCUACACGCUUACUGAAUAUACUCACCUCUAGCGGCCUCCGACACAUCCUCCAGUACAAUGGAUUCCGUCCUGGUCUCGGCGGUGAUGCUGAAGACGAGGACGAAGACGACGAAGAGUUUGGGUUUUUUGGAUACGGGAGACGACCACGACGGACUGGAGCUCCUCAGUACCCUAAAGUUCCAAGUGAUGAGGGCACAACCCUGAUGAGGUCCGGGAUUUUCGGGAACGAGUCGGACUAUGUUGAUGAGCGGAUGAAGCGCAAGAAGUCACUUAUGUCCAAGAUGAUGUGGCGAGAGCUGGGAAUCAAUGGCCCCCGAGUGCAGAAGAGGGAGGUACAAUCGAUUACUCAGGGGUUAAUACCCGGCUCUACCGCGGAUAAAAUCAUUCACUAUAACGCAAAAUGUUACUCGGGUCAAUUUUCUGACGAUGGUAACUUUUUCUUCUCUUGUGCACAGGACUUCAAGGUCCGUAUGUACGAUACAUCCAAUCCUUACGAGUGGAAGUACUACAAGACUGUAGACUAUCCAUUUGGGGAGUGGACUAUUACAGAUGCUACCCUGAGUCCAGACAACAGAUUUCUGGCCUAUAGUUCCCUCCGAAAUCUUGUUUGCCUUGCUUCCACCGAUCCAGAUGAUCAGUCGGAUCCCUCUAUACUAGACCUCUCCGCUAUGCCUGGUGGAAGAGUUGGGCGCGGGUUAUUUGGGAGGUCAGGAUUCGCAGUUUGGUCCGUCCGAUAUUCAGGAGAUGGUCGCGAAAUUGUUGCUGGCACCAGCGACCACUCUGUCAUUGUCUAUGACCUUGAAACAAGACAAUCAGUGCUUCGCAUACAGAACCAUGAAGACGACGUGAAUGCCGUGUGCUUUGGGGACACGUCCUCGCCCCAUAUCCUUUACUCUGGAUCUGACGACACGACCGUGCGAGUUUGGGACAGACGAUCCAUGGGUGAUGGACGUGAGGCUGGUGUGUUUAUGGGACAUACGGAAGGCUUGACUUACGUCGAUAGCAAGGGUGAUGGCCGAUAUGUUCUCUCAAACGGUAAAGAUCAGACCAUGAAACUCUGGGACUUGCGAAAGAUGAUGUCUACCGCCAAAUUUGAUACACUCGAGGCCACUAGCUUUUCAACCGGGUUUGAUUACCGAUUCGAUCCUUAUCCAGAUGACUUUUAUGAACCGCAUCCGCAUGACUGUUCCGUGGUUACUUUCCGAGGCCACAGAGUUCUGAAGACAUUGAUUAGAUGCCACUUCUCCCCCCCAGGAAGCACAAACUCCAGAUAUGUAUAUACUGGUAGCGAGGAUGGAAAGGUCUAUGUCUACAAUCUAGACGCAACCCUGGCGGGGACGAUUGAUGCCAAAUACGCGACGGUUGAUUCUCGCCCCCACGAUCCUCGUUUCCGGAGUAGGAGCGGCGAGAGUGCAUGGAGGACAUGUGUGCGGGAUGCUAGCUGGCAUCCCAAUGUUCCUGUCUUAGCCGCAACGUCCUGGAAUGGCUGGGGCUACUCCACCGGCACCUGCACGCUCCAUACUUGGAACAGCAAUGCUUCUGAAGACGAAGGCGAUCCUCCAGUAGGGGGAAGCUAUGAUUCUCAGUUAAAUUAUAUUCCAGAAUUCAACGAUCACAAAACCAGAAACCACCUCAAAACCCAUCCUGUGGAAUUCCGGGAUUCUGAUGAGGCGGAGGAUGUGUGGUGGUAAAUUCAAAAGAUAUGAGGCUUUACCAGGCUCAUACAUCCUGAGUUGCUUUUUAUUUUCAUUUUUGAAGCGUUCAUUUACACUCUUUUAUGAGCCAUAUAUACACCGGCGGUCAAUAUCUGGGAUAUAUUGCAUUUUUGACUCGAUAAAUAUAAAGAAAAUCACAAGUCUGGAAGCAUGUCUAAGACAUAGUGUUGGGGAGAUUUUAUUUAUUCUAUCCGGGAUAUUGAGAGCGCAAUUUACAGAAAUUGAAUGAUAAUCAAUUAGCUACCUUG